UAUGCAAAAGAAUGUCUGUCUUGUGUUAUGUAUGGUUUAAUUAUUUAAUUGGUUUGUGGUACCUAAUUAGUCUAUGUGAAGUUGUUUCUGAUGUUUCAUGCUUCCUGCCGAAGUUUGUACAAAAUCUAUGCAGGCAUGUAAAGCAAUAAAUAUGUAUAUCAAUAAUUUGAUUUAGUAUAAAUAAAAUUCACUUAAUAUUUUCUUUAUGCCUCAACACUGGGAUGUUUAUUAUCCUUUAUGACAGAAAGUGCUGUCUUGGUGCAUCCGUGCCAGCUGUUAUCAGAACUGUAACGUUGCGUCAGUUUUCGUGAUAGUUGCGUAGCUGCAGGAAGAGGUUCCAUAUCAUAGCGGAAGUGCUGGAGCCCCAGCUGUGUUCAUCAGCUAGCACUGUCUUGAGUGUGAUCAUGGGUACACAGCGUUUCUUCAUACUUUGUGGGCCACGGGUUAGUGGCCACUACAUUGACGUUGCUGCCAUUAAAUAUGAUCCACCGCCGCCACCUCCGCCCAUCAACCCCAUGCAGAUGGGCAUGAUGGCACCCCAGCAAGGGAUCGGCAUGACCGCGCCCAUGAUGACCCCACAAGGUUUCAUGCAGCCGGCGCCGCCCGGCACGCAACAGCAACAGCAGCAGCAGCAGCAGCAACAACAGCAACAGCAGAUGCAGCAGCUACAGCAGAUGCAGCAGCUGCAACAAAUGCAGCAGAUGCAGCAUAUUCAGCAGAGCAUGAUGAACCCGGCAAUGAAUGAUGCGCCACUCGAGUUCAACAUGAACAAGAACAAGCCUCCCAUGCCGAUCCCAGGUGCGUAUGCAGAAUUGGAGGAGAGGCCGCAGAACCGUGCCGCAGAGGAUGGCUCGGGCGGGGAGGACUCCCGGAGGGAGAGGGACCGGCGCAGCAACCGAGGGGACCGGCGGGAGCGCGACAGGGAGCGCGACAGGGAUCGUGAGCGUGGGCGGGACCGGGACCGCAACAACCGUGAUGACCGGGACCACCGCCAGCGGGACGACAAGGCGGGUGGCAGCAUCAGCGAUAGGAGCGCCAACACGAAUGGCGGUGGUAGCGGCCCUGAAGGCGGGCUGCAGGAAAUGCCCGCCACCUCAGCAUUAGGCCUCUCGCCGGGCCAGCCUCAGUCCCAGCCCCAGCCGCCCCUCGGCCCAGCUGCCAACAAUAUGUGGGGGGGCAUGAUGGGCCCCAUGGGCUACCCCAUGAUGGGCAUGAAUCCCAUGAUGGGAGGGAUGAUGGGUGACCCAAGCAUGAUGCCCGCCAUGGGACAGUACGGCAUGAUGGGGAGCAUGAUGCCCGACGGCACCAUGCUGGGGCCCGACGGCACCAUGAUGCCCAUGGACCCCUCCAUGAUGGGUCCGAUGGUGAAGGAGAUAAUCCACUGCAAGUCGUGCACGCUCUUCCCUCCGAAUCCCAACGCACCCCCGCCGACGACAAGGGAGCGGCCACCCGGCUGCAGGACUAUUUUUGUUGGCGGCUUGCCGGAGAAUGUCACAGAGGAAAUUAUCCGUGAGAUAUUUGAUCGAUGUGGAGAAAUGCAAACCAUAAGACUCAGUAAGAAGAAUUUCUGCCACAUACGCUUUGUAUUUGAAGCUUCAGUGGACUCAGCUAUCUAUUUAUCAGGCUACCGCAUCAGGCUGGGCUCGAACACGGACGCGCCCAACACGGGACGCCUGCACGUGGACUACGCGCAGGCCAGGGACGACCUGUACGAGUGGGAGUGCCGCCAGCGCGCCUUGCAGCGCGAGCAGAGGCACCGCGAGCGCAUGGAGCAGGAGAGGAUGAGGCCUCCGUCGCCGCCGCCCGUCGUCCACUACACCGACCACGAGGCUCUCGCCAUCUCCGAGAAGAUCAAGGUGGACGACUCGUUCACCCUGGCGGUGCAAGUGGUGAUCACGUGGCUGGAGCGUGGGGACUGCAACAAGCGCAACGCCAACACGUUCUACACCAUGAUCCAGUCAACCAACUCGCACGUGCGCCGCCUGCUCAGCGAGAAGGCUCAGUACGAGGAAGAGUUGCAGCGGGCUCGGGAGCUCAUGAAGGGCCGCAUGCAAGGCCUGCUCAUACAGUUCGGUCAGAUCGAGAGAGUUUUUGCGGCUGCAAGCCACAAGAAGGUUUGGGACCAUUUCACCAAGGCUCAGAGAAAGAAUAUCGAGAUGUGGAAGAAACAGACGAUGGAAAUCAAGUCUGUGCAGUUGGAGGAGGUGUUGAACGAGCGUGCCGAUGAAGAGAUGGAGGUUUCUGAUGAGGAGGAUUACAUGGGUAAUAAGAAAAGGCCCCGAUACGAGAAUGCUGAGGAUCGAGCCAACCUUGCCUGUGUCAAGGAAGAAAAUGACAGUUUGCGCUGUCAACUGGAGGCAUACAAGAACGAGGUUGAUCUUGUGCGGUCAGAUAUGAAAUCGGAGUUGGACCAAAAGGAUAAACAGCUCAAAAUGCUGCAACAGACCUUGCAAGGAAUGCAGCAGCAACUGAUGGAGACGAAACGCCGCCAGGCCGAGGAUGAGAUGAAGGUCCGCGACCUUCAGGCGCGGCUGCGUGCGGCCUCGGAGGCACAGGCAAAGAAGGCUGCUGCUGAGGCUCAGCUCAAGGACCGGGAGGGGGACGAAGGGGGCAGCGGCGGGGCUGACACUGCAGAGGGGGAGGAGGAGAAGGUAGAGCGCCCCGAGGUGCCGACCCCUGUUUCUGUGGCCACCGCACUGCCGCAGAUCACGGACAGGGAAGCCAAGCUCAUUGGUCUGAUCUCCACGUUUCUCCAUGUGCACCCAUUUGGAGCCGGGGUGGACUACGUGUGGUCGUACCUGCAGAAGAUGGACCCCACCAUCCGUCCCACGGAGGUGGAGCUGCUCAUGUCGCGGUUCCCCACCGUGUUUCGGCAGGAGCUGUCGGGCAUUGGGGCCAGCAUGGAGCGCCGGUGGCAGUUUGUAGGCUUCGAGGGAGAGCCUUCCUUGUCCUCGCUCGGCUUGUCUGGCCUCCAUUCCGCCGUCUAGUCAGUGCACACCCGCUCCCUCCUACCCAGACAGUGUUUAUCUGCUGUGCUACCAGUGUGCGAGUAAGGAAACAAAGGACAUUUUGCAACAAAAGCUUUUGAAGCUUUCUCAUUAGUGUUUGUCUGAAAUAAAUUGUCUGUUGUACUGUGCUUUUUGUUUUGUGGCACUAAAUAUAUUUAAAAUUGCUUAGUAAAUUGUGUGUAAUAAAGUAUUUUGUUUACAUUA